AUGGCGUUCCUGAGGCUGCUGGUUUUGCUGAUCAUUGGUGUUGUGGUUGCUGGAGCGGACUGCGGUCCCGAAGACAGGGUGUUUGCGUGUCGGGACGUCUGCGGAGAGGAGGUAAGGGGCGCCGGCGGCUAUGGUCGUUGCGUGACGUUCGUGGGGACGACGCUGUUCCUGGACUGCGUCAGGCAGGCGGACCUCAAGGAGGUGAAGUUGCUGUCACCGACGGUUUGCGUUGGACGUUGUGCCAACAUGGAUCGUGUCGUGACGCCGAGGAGGUCGUGCCCCCGAACCAGAGAUCUCGACGGUGGCAGUUCUGCCGGUGAUGAGCCUCACCCAGUGGCGCAGACUGCCAACCUGGCGGUCAUCCACGUGCCGGCAAGCAAAACGCGGUUUGUGGUUCGGGCGCCGCCCUCAAUGCAGCAAAGCGUCGUGGUGGCCCAAGAGGUGCCACACGUCAUCAGGGCACCGUCGUGGACGCCAGAAGUGAUGGUCAACAUCAAGCAUGUGGCGCAGAUGGCCAACCUGGCGGUCAUCCACGUGCCGGCAAGCAAAACGCGGUUUGUGGUUUGGGCGCCGCCCUCAACGCAGCAAAGCAUUGUGGUGGCCCAAGAGGUGCCACACGUCAUCAGGGCACCGUCGUGGACGCCAGAAGUGACGGUCAACAUCAAGCAUGGUGUUGCGCACGUCGAGGCGGACGUGGACCCGUGGACGGCAAUGGUCCUGGUCUUCAUGGGCCUUGGGGGAGCUGGAGCCAUGUCUCUGGCUGUGUUUUUGGUUUGGCUUGUGAAGUUCAUCAGGAACAAGUCAUCAUACAUGCGGGAACUGGUGCGGAUGUUGACGCCGGAGGAUCAGCAGGAUCCGGAAGCCCAACCAGUGGUGGAUCUGCUGGGGCUGGAAGAGGCGGAUAAACCCGUCACAGAAGAAAAAGAGGAAGAGUUGGUCCUUGAGGACAAUUAUCUGUUUAAAGAGAUGUUGAACGCGUAAAUAUAAAGUCGCGUCAAAGAAAGAGAGUGCCAUUUUUGUACCCGCAUUUUUAUAUGGGUCUCUGGCAAAAAUAGAGAAAUUGUAAAAAGAA